GAGAAAAAAGGACUCGAGUGAUUUAUCCUCACACCUGCAUGGUACGUACUGGUACCUACGUACGUAGCAACAGGGGUCAUAACCCCUCUGUACCCAUGGCAUCGUUCGAUAAGAGAAAGAUACAACAACAUUCUUCGCUGAGUCCGAUCGUGACGACAAUGAUGCAUGAAACUAAAAAUGCCGGACCAAAACGCAACUGAAACAUCUCAACGAUGUUCGGGAACGUAUCCGGGACUAGCGUUUGUCACGAGACGCAGAUCCAGUAGCACCGGCGACCUCCAGAAGUUUACCAGCGAAGGUCAUUGGUACGAAGAAAUUCUCAACAAUGCUGUUGCCGGUGGUACCAACGGGGCCACGGCUGCUGGUGCCGCUAGGCGCAAAAGCCUGCUCGAAAACUUCAAGAAUACCUACACCAGCAUGAACCUGAACAAAUCCUAUAAGACCGGUGGGGAAAACCAAAGGAGAUCGUCAAUUAUCAAAUUCCCACUAGAGGCCUUGACGGCGGACAGCUCUGUCGAAUUCAAAAACCCCGAUCUGUUCUCAGAGGUGCAUUCCAUGGCAUUCAUGUCCGCGUGUGAGUCAAGAACUCGUGGAGAUUUUGCUGGCAUAUUGACUCACCUGAAUUAGUUGCUCCGCUGUGGUGUUGCGACCUUUCCCCUCACCGCCCAAUACAAAUUGAAUUGUUCGUAUAUUGUCGUCGAAUAUCGCCUAACUCUUUCUCUCCACAUUCAAUCGGAACUUUUCUGCGGAUAUGCAUUUAAUUGUGUUGCUCUUUUUAUCCGCAGCAAUCUUUGCCUUGGCAGAAGUUCGAAAGGCCGCACGAGACGGAAGGAUCGAUACCGACGGCCUCGACAUUAUUUCCACUCCCGUAUUGGGUGGAGCAAUCAUAAAAACAUUCCUGAGAAACAAGGAGUUUUUCCUAGGCGAACUGAAAGAUGCCGACUAUGACUUUCUGCGUUCCGUUGCACAAAGCACAAACAUGGACAGCAGUGAGGAAUCUGGCGAAUAUUGCUUGUCAAAGGCUGAAGACAGUGAACAUAACCGGAAGGAAAAUGCUCUAAAACUGAUCAAUUCCGUAUCGAUAGACUAUUUUGGUGACGACAACAUAGAAUUGGAAUGCAUGUACAUGGUCACACGGAUUCCUAGUAGCAAGCAGAUAACGCUCAUCUUUAAAGGAUCGACGACUCUCCAAGAUUGGAUCAAGGAUAGCAAGGUGAUCGUAAGCGACAUUGAAAAUCCAGUUGGUGAUCGACCCGAACAAUUGCAGAUGAUUGGUGUUCACUUGGGAUUUCGAGAGUAUUUGUACGGCGAGUCGACAACCGUUUCAACAGAAAACUCUAGCAGAUCCCUAUCCUUGACAUCGUUGCCCGACGAAGGUGUAGAGGCAACCAUUGAAAGCUUCGAAGAAAACAAAGUUGAGAACCCAUGUACGGACGACGACAACAUAUCGCCGACAGCCAAUGUUUCUCGUGAAAGUUUAACAUCGACGUCUGCGAUUUUGAAGUAUCUUGGUUUGGACGUUUCGUCCCUGAAGGGGAAGCAAAACAACUUACGUAGCAGCAUAGGGAAGAACGUAGAGUCACCUUUUGCGUCUAUUGAAAACAAUGAAGAAUGUAUCGGUACGGAGAACAAAAUCCGUUCUGAAAGCAUGACAUUAUCCGACAUACGUGAAAAUCGUGCGAACAACAGAAGUCGAUUGUGCAGGAUACUCAACGAGGUAAAGAGUCUUCGAAAACAUUAUCGAGAUUAUAAAAUUUAUAUCACUGG